AUGGUAUCGAGAUCGAAGAUUGUAUAUGUUUUGUUGUGUUUGAUACGUUUGGGUUGUUCUCUGCUGCCGGGUUAUGUGCAUCCAGACGAAUUUUUUCAGUCGCCUGAAAUAAUGGCUGGUGACGUUCUAGGAUAUGAGGUUUAUCGACCGUGGGAGUUUAACGAACAUCUACCUUCGCGUUCGAUACUUGUACCAGCUUUAACGACUGGAUUACCCUUCCAUUUACUUAAAAUUGUGAACAAAUGGUCUAGUAAUUUCUCCCGGGAAGAUAAUGUAAUCAAGUCAUCAACAUUAUUUAUUACAGAGCGAACUGUCUUUUUUCUCCUUUCUUUUAUUAUAGAUUAUGUAACAUAUAAUAUUGCGUAUCUGUACCAGAAAAAUGGAAUCACCACCAAUGACCCAACUCAAGCAUUAUUUCUUGUCGCGUUUUCCUAUGUAUUGUUGAUUUUUCAUACACGGCCGUUUUCAAAUGCAGUCGAAUCUAUUAUUCUCGCGUUGUGUUUUUACGUUUACUUACAUGGAACAUUGUCAAAGGAUUCUAUCGCAAAGAAAAAAGAUUCUGAAAUCAAGAAUAUAAAUUUUCCUACCAACAUGGCAUUUAUCCUGGGGUGUCUUGGUGCGCUCGGUUUGUUCACCCGAAUUACUUUUAUAUUGUUUGCAUUUCCUAUUGGACUUGCGUUUCUUUAUCGUACUUUUGUGAUGCCUGAGGCCCGCUUGAACGCUUGGAAUGAAAAAUUUAACCAAUUGAUCCCGGUUGGUAUUGGCCUUGUUGUAAUGAGUGGACUAUGCGUAUUAGCAGAUUUAAUUUAUUUUGGCUCAAUAAAAGUGACUGUUGUUAGAAAAGAAUUGUUUAGCUUGGAUUUUCUUGUUAGGAUUCUGCAAAACCCUUCAGAAUUUCUUAAGAAUUUUCGACAAGUUUCUUUGACGAAAUCUGUCUCUGUCGUGACUUUUAGUGGUGUCUGUGGCUUUAUAUUGUUAUCGAUUAUGCCACAUCAAGAAGCAAGAUUUCUGUUGCCAUUAUUGUUGCCUGUAGUGAUAAGCGCAUCGUUGCAUCGAAAGUUCUCUUCGGGUUUCUGGAUGUUUUAUAUCAUCUUCAACCUGAUAGCCGCGUUGUUUUUCGGUGGUUUGCAUCAGGCUGGCAUGGUCCCUAUACUAGGAAGAUUGCAACAUCAAACAAUGAGAUUUCAUAAUUGUGUAAAAGAUUCUAGUAGGCAUAUUAUGUGUGAAGUCACAAAUAAAUUUGUCGAGCCAAGUUUCAACUCGACCGAAAUCUUUCACACAAAUAUAAUCUUUUAUAAGACGUUUAUGCCGCCACGACAUUUACUAGGGUACCCGAGAGCUUGGCGAGAGAGCAAUGUACGAAUCACAAUUCACGAUCUUGCUGGUGUCGCAUUAGAACAACUUGAACAAGAACUUGAAGCGAAAAUUGCCGUGAAUUCCGAUAUACUAGAUCAAUACGAUAGCCAAAAGAUUGUUUUCCGAGAACGAGAUGAUAUUUCCGGACAUUAUGAACGCACCUUAAUAGUCACGCCAUCAACUACAAUGCUCUCAGCAACUUUAUUCGUAUUCUCAAACACGUCAACAAACCACUCGCUAAAAUACAAAGAUAGGCAAUGGCCUCACCUCAACACUGACCAAAUAGAUCGUGUGCUCGAAAAUGGACUCUAUUUGAAUAUUUACCAACUUGUGGCUUCUUAA